AUGGCGUUUGCUGGGACAAACAUCAGUUUGUCCCAGCCGGGUAUCACGCAGAAACUAAGGGAGCGCAGAGAUGACCUGAAGCAAAAAAUCGCUGCUUCAAGGCGGUUCAACCAGAAUCGUCUCUUCCAGAGUGAUCAGAAGAGGCUCUAUAAAUCGUUGGAGCGACCAGAGGUAUGUGAAGCGGGCUCAGGACCGGAUCAGGCUGACAUUAUCGCAUUCUGGCGUGGCCUGUGGUCAGAGCCCGUAAACCACAGCGAGGGCCCUUGGAUGGAAGUUGUGGCGAGCCAGGGUGCGAGUAUUACGCCUAUGGACCCCAUCACCAUAACGCCGGAAGACGUGGCUCAGGCGGUCCGUAGAGCCCCCAACUGGAAAAGUCCGGGGCUCGACAGGCUGCAUCAUUACAUUAAAGAGUUUACGUCUAAAAAAUAA